AUGAGGCUGCGGGGACGGGGUCCUCGGGCGGCCGGCGCGGCGCCCCCGGGGCGGAACCCCUUCGUGCACGAGCUGCGCCUCAGCGCCCGCAGAAGGCCCAGGUGGGUGGCCCUCAUGACGCUGACGCUCUUCCCCGUCCGGCUGCUGCUCGCCGCCUGCAUGAUGCUGCUGGCCUGGCCGCUCGCGCUGGUCGCCUCGCUGGGGACCGAGGACCAGGAGCCUGAGCAGCCCCUGGCCCUGUGGCGGAAGGUCGUGGACGCCCUGCUCAGAGCCCUCAUGCGCACCAUGUGGUUCAUGGGCGGCUUCUACCACGUGUCGGUGAAGGGGCGGCAGGCGCUGCCCUCCGAGGCGGCCAUCCUCACCCUGGCCCCCCACUCCUCCUACUUCGAUGCCAUCCCCGUCACCAUGACGAUGUCCUCCAUCGUGAUGAAGGCCGAGAGCAGAGACAUCCCGAUAUGGGGAACCCUGAUGCGCUACAUCCGGCCGGUGCUCGUGUCGCGCUCGGACCAGAGCUCGCGCCGGAGGACGGUGGAGGAGAUCCGGCGGCGCGCGCUGUCCCGCGGGCGGUGGCCGCAGAUAAUGAUUUUCCCGGAAGGCACCUGCACCAACAGGACCUGCCUCAUCUCCUUCAAGCCCGGCGCCUUCAUCCCCGGAGUGGCCGUGCAGCCUGUGGUUCUCCGCUACCCCAACAAGCUGGACACCAUCACGUGGACGUGGCAAGGACCUAGCGCGCUGGCCAUCCUGUGGCUCACGCUGUGCCAGCCCUACAGCCGCCUGGAGAUAGAGUUCCUGCCCGUGUACCACCCCUCGGCGGAGGAGAAGCAGGACCCCGCACUGUUCGCCAGGAACGUGCGCCGCGUCAUGGCUGAGGCCCUGGGCGUGUCCGUGACCGACUACACGUUCGAGGACUGCCAGCUGGCCCUGGCCGAGGGGCAGCUGCGUCUCCCCGCAGACACCUGCCUUCUGGAGUUCGCCAGGCUGGUGCGGGGUCUGGGGCUGAAGCCGGAGCAGCUGGAGCAGCAGCUGGACGAGCACUGUGAGCGUGCCCGGCGGCGGGGCCCGGCCCGGCUCUCGCUCGAAGAGUUCGCGUCCCAGCUGGACCUGCCCGUCUCCGAGCCUCUGAGGGACCUGUUCUCCCUGUUUGAUGAGCACGGGGACGGCGACGUGGACCUGCGGGAGUACGUGGUCGCCCUGUCUGUCGUCUGCCGGCCGUCGCGGCCCCUGGACACCAUCCAGCUGGCAUUCAAGAUGUACGGGCGGCAGGAGGAUGGCAGCAUCGACGAGGAGGCCCUGUCCACCAUCCUCAAGACCGCCCUGGGCGUGGCGGAGCUCCCUGUGACCCGCCUGUUCCGGGCCAUCGACGAGGAGGCGCAGGGGCGGGUCACGUUUGACGACUUCGCCAGGUUUGCGGAGAUGCACCCCGACUUCGCUGAGGAGUACCUGCACCCUGCCCAGCAGCAUUUUGAGAGUAGCUCGCAAACGCCCCCUUCAGUUCCAACGCCCAACGGCUUCUGUGCCGACUUCAGCCCCGAAAACUCGGAUGCCGGAGUCCGGGGGCAGCCCCUCAGCAAGAAGCUGGACUAGGACGGCGGGUCCUAGAGGGCUGGCCGCUCCCUCUGCAGCCGCCUCUGGGCCGCACCGGGGCCCCAGGCUGUGCUGGGGCCUGGGCCGGCCUGGCCGCUGUGGGUGGAGGCACUGGCCGAGGGGCUC